GCUGAGUUUACUUCCGGGGCUGCAGUGGGAGAAGGAAUUGAGUUCCGGGUCAGUGGUUGGCCCGGUGCUGGAGCUGUGUUAGUGUUGUCCGAGCAGGAAUAUUCCCCCCUCCGUCUCAGAGGGGAGCGGCGGGGGGAAAGAUAUGGAUAAACUGACCAUCAUUUCUGGAUGUUUGUUUCUGGCUGCGGAUAUCUUUGCCAUCGCCAGUAUCGCGAACCCCGACUGGAUCAACACAGGGGAGUCUGCCGGAUUAUUUUGCCUCCAAUAAGGAUUCAUCUCAGUUGGGAUCAAGUGCAAGGAGCUCUCACAGUCGGCCUCGUCAGACAAUGUCAGACUAUUCAUGGACGUGACAGAACCUGUAUUCCCCCAAGGCUCCCACCUGAGUGGGUAACCACUCUGUUUUUUAUCAUCAUGGGAAUCAUAUCAUUGACUGUUACUUGUGGCUUGCUAGUGGCCUCCCAUUGGAGAAGAGAAGCUACAAAAUAUGCCCGCUGGAUAGCGUUUACCGGCAUGAUCCUCUUCUGUAUGGCAGCAUUAAUAUUCCCAAUAGGAUUUUACAUCAACGAAGUUGGAGGCCAACCCUACAAAUUACCCAACAACACAGUAGUCGGAUCAUCUUAUGUACUUUUUGUUUUAUCCAUUUUCUUUACAAUAGUAGGACUAUUAUUUGCGGGCAAAGUAUGUUUACCUGGUUGAUUUAAGGGAAUUCACUUUUAUUUCUUUUUUUUUUUUAAUCGGAAUGGAUCAUUUCAUUUUUUGGGUGGGCAGGAUUGGUGGGUUUAUCAGAGGACAUUGACUUCGCAAGAAAAUUCCUGAAAGGGACACGAGAACCCAGAAGACCACCGACAUUUUGACGUUCUCGCUAUGCACUUUGGAUUCAAAAGGAGAGCCUUUCUUUCCAUAACCAAAUACAAUUCUCAUUGACUUAUCUCCUGAGCAUAAACAUGCAGUCAGGUCUGCACUGUGACAGGACUUGUGAAGAAUGCUUUACACUGACAAGCAAACUGACCUUUAUUACUGUAUCCAGUUCCCGUUUUUAUCGUCGGAUUAUGGGAAUUGAAGAGGAAGAAAGAAAAGUAUUUAUGAACUUUGCAUACGACCUAGCGGCAUUUCCAGGCCAAGUGAGGCUGGCCUCACUUACAAGAGGAAUAGAGAUCUGGAGACUGAGGGAUAAGUCAGUGCACCGGAUUAGGUUUCACUGCACCAAUGAGCUAAGAGAUCAAACCUGUGCAACACUGUGGUGCCUGAUGGCUCAAAACUCGGUUACCCCAUUUCGGUUUGUGUUCCUGCUCCCUUCAGCUUAAUGUGCUUUGUGCUCCCCCCGUUCAGAGAAGUGGCCACCGAAACACCGUAUGCUUCCAUUUAUCAAUGUUCCCGUUGGUAUUGAAAUGAGAGGCAUUUUAAAAAGUUCUUUAAAAAAAAAAAAGGUGCUUUUCGCAUUGAAAGGGAAUGUUCCAAUCCGUAAAUAUGACGAGAAAAUAUUGUGCUUUUUCCUUCACUUGUAUCUCUGUAGGAGGAACUUCAAAAAGAAAAACAAGAGAGUCAAACACUAAUGUCUUGGGGAGGGAUGGAUUAUUCAUUUAUAUUUAUAUAAAUAUAUAUAUAUUUUUUGCUGACGCAGUAUAAAGUGUAUAUACAAGCAGCAGCUCCUGGAAGAGAACGCUAAUUGCUUUUGCUUGAGAAAUCACUGUGGCGUGCAAACUGGAACUCGCUAGAAGAAAAAGCCAUUUUCUCCCCCCAAAGGCCUGUUAGUGAAGUCUUCAGUUUACCUCGCCCGCUGUUAGCAGGCCUCAACGUCUAAUCUACCCUUCCCAUUUCUGUGAGUAACAAAAAAUAAAAACAAUAGGGUCAAUUUUGCUUUCAGCUGAACUUCCUUGUAGGAUAUUUGAUAUCCGAACGGAGUUGGGAAAAGCUUCACUCCCACCCCACAGACACCCACAACCACUGUUGUUACGGACUUCACCACCAGGGCUGUCUUUAGUAGUCAAAAUGGACUUGAUGCCGGCCCAUUAUGUAUAUAAAAAUAAUACUGUUCACCCUGUGGCUUUUCAUCUGUUGAGCUAAGCUCUGCACCCUUCUCUGACAGUGGGUGCCGGGACUUAAACUUAACGCUAAAAGACCACAGAUAUAUAUGGAGAUGCUGUUACUAUCUUGCCCUAUUAUGACUUCCCUCCUACGACUGAUAAUCUGGCAGCCCCCCUUCUAUUUGGACCCCCUAAAGACAGCUCUGCCGACUACACAGCAAUUUAACCAGCGCUAACUUCAAGCACAGCUACAAGACUAUGAAACAAAGUAUGGUACAGGAGACGUCACUACUAGGUCAAAAACGAUGUAAAUACAUUUGUUCUGUAUUGUGUGUUACUUGUUAUGACUAAUUUAUUAUCAGUCAGAUGAACAUUCUUAAAUUAUUUUUGUCUGAGCUUUUUUUUUUUUUUCCAUUUGGUUACUUGUCACGUAUUCUUAGCAUUUUAUGUAGGUCUUUGUCUGCAUUUGAUUAAAAAGGAGAUAUUUAGAGCAAAUGGGUAUAAAUAAAAAGCAAUGUUUAAACUCUA